UUUCAUUUUUCAUCUAUUCUUUUAUGAGCGUGAUGUAACUUUAGAAAUUAGGACCAACUUUUUUAUAAGAUCUAAGUUAUUCCGUUAUUUAAUAGUAAAAUAAUUUUAAAAUUACACAAUAUUAUAUAGUUAUUUAAACCUAUCACAUUUUAUACUACUAAAACAAGUAUUUUGAUAUGUUAUAUUUAUAAGUAUACCUACGACAUACCUAUAAAUAAUUAUUAGAUAAGUUUAAUUUAAUUAAGCACAGACAUUUCAGUUUUUAGUACACAUGAAUAAUCCAGGUUCCUUUGCUGAUGAAUUUCGCAAAGUGAAAGCGUCAGAACAUUAUGAAUCAAUUAAUUCUGUUGGUGGACAACAUAUUUCAGAAGCUACUUCUAAUCAACCUAGCACAAGUAGUGUAAACCAAUCCCCUGUGAAAUCAAAUGCAUCUGUUUCAGGUGUAUUAGUCAACAACAAACAAAGAGGCAAUCCACUGCUUAAAUCUAUCGUUAAUGUACCAUGGGAAUAUUCAGAUGACAUUUUACCUGACUAUGUAAUGGGACGUACAACAUGUGCACUAUUUUUAUCCCUACGCUAUCAUAUGCUAAAGCCUGACUAUAUAUACAACAGAGUAAAAUCGUUGGGGAAAUUAUAUGAGCUACGGGUAUUGUUACUUCAGAUUGAUGUCAAAGAGCCACAUGCACCUCUCAAACAGUUGACUAGAAUGUGUCUGGCAGCUGAACUUACAUUAAUGUUAGCUUGGACUUCUGAAGAAGCUGGCAAACUCAUUGAAACUUAUAAAAUAUUUGAAAAUAAGCCACCAGAUCUUAUAAUGGAGAAAGCAGAAGCAGACGACUAUUCCAGAAUAGCCAAUGCUCUUACAACUAUUCGUGCUGUAAACAAAACUGAUGCAGCAUUGUUACUAUCUACAUUUGGUUCGUUGGAAAAUAUUUGUAAAGCUUCUCAAACAGCUUUGGCAUUGUGUCCUGGGUUUGCUCAACAUAAAGCAACACAGUUAUAUAAUACUCUUCACAAACCUUUCCUGAAACAAAAAACUCUUGAGGAAGACUCACAAUCAAAAAAUAAACAAUAAAAUAAAUAUUAUAAUGUGAUGUUAUCAUGUUUAUGCAUUUUCAUUAUAUUUUAUUGUCAAUUGUAUCACUUACUUUUUUAAUAAUUUAUGUUUUUAUGGUAUACUGUAUUCCAUUAUUUAAACUAUCAUAAGUCCUAACUCAUUCAGUCAUUCAUGACUAUUAGUUAUUAUGUUAAUAAGAGAAUAAAGCAAAUUAAGUUCCAUCCAUUGGAGUAUGUUAACAUUGUUUUAAUUUAACUCUUUUUGUUUUCUCUAAUUAUUAAAAUUUGCACAAAUGUAUACUA